AUGAAAUCACGUAUAUUUAAGCCACAGCGCUCGACAGAAGCACCUAUGGACUUUCAGUUUACCUCACGGCCAAGCUCAAAUGUAAAACCGGCUUGGGCUGCAGGCGCAGGGGAUGAGGACCCUAGUACCCCCAAAAAACGAACUCACGACGACUCGACCCUAACCGCACCGUCAACACCAACAUUUGGCUUCAACCAGAAUGUUCCAUUUAUUUUCCAAACGCCAUCGCGUCAGCCACCCCAGCCGUAUCCAUGGGCGCCACCUCCAAACUUCUCACCAACGAAGGCAUUCCCCCAACCGGUUACUUCGGAAGAGGUUCGGGAUGUCGAUAUGUCAGAAGUGAGCCCGCCCAAGCCGGAGGAACCAAAGUCAGAACGUGGAAGACCUAUUGCCACAGGUGCUCUGCGACGAGUUUUCCGAGCUCGCCAGAAGGCCAACGGUCGUCAGCUGUCAAAGACAAACAGUCAUGACGAAGAGGAUGAUGAUCUGGAUAGUGAUGAAGAAAACGAUAGGGCCAUUACGCCUAUAAACCAAAAUACGUCCAAUCACUACACUCUGAAUCUCCCUUCUCCUCCCGCUCCUCCAUCUGAUACGCCGUACAUCCUACUCGGGUACCUCCAGUUUUUCUUUAACCUUUCGCUCAUUCUAGUCUUUCUCUAUCUCGUCGUGCAAUUCAUAUUGACUGUGCAACGAGAUGUCGAGCACCGAGUUUCGGAGUAUUCCGCUGACAUCAUCCAAGAAAUAGCCAUGUGUGCUUUGCAAUACAAGAACAACCUUUGUCAAUCACCAUUACCGGCAAUGGCACAGCAAUGCGCUAAUUGGGAGACAUGCAUGAAUCGGGAUCCGACCACCCUUGGCCGUGCCAGAGUCGGUGCCGAACUGAUUGCAGAAGUCGUAAAUGGGUUCGUUGAGCCCAUCAGCUGGAAGACUCUGGCCUUCACGUUGACGUCUUUGUCCUUUUUAACCGUAUUCAUCAAUGCGCUACUUUCAUUAUACCGUUCGCGACAUCACUCGCCUCCCCACGCGCCACCCACCCAUAAUACCCAGUACCCUAUACAUCCAUCUACUCCGUAUCCGCCGCAUCAGUUCGGCAGUUACCUAUCUCCAGCACCUACCCCAGCUUGGAGUAGAUCGUGGAAGGGGAUCGACCACGAUGAAGACACGGAAACUCCGACCAGACGAAGACGGCUGGAAGGAGGAGGUUCAGUAAAGAUUAAAUAG